UAAAGACUGCACUUGUCAGUGAUGUGUGCCACUGUUCUUCAGUAGCUCAGCCGGACUGACUGUGAUCUCAUCAUGUUUAUCCACUGUGAACUGCUCAUACUCAUACUUGCGAUGACUCUUGAUGGUCAAGUUCAUUCAGGAGAAAUCUAUGGAGGCCAUGAGGCUGUACCACAUAGCAGACCAUACAUGGUGCUGUUGGAGCUGCACAUGGAGGAUAGAAGUAAAGGAUACUGUGGUGGCUUCCUUCUGAAUGAAGAUUUUGUGAUGACCGCAGCCCACUGCCAAGCCAAGUCCUACACAGCCUUACUGGGAGCUCAUGAUAUUUCCAACAGCAAUGAAAUACAGCGUAUACAUGUGGAAAAAACAUUUCCAAAUAAACACUAUAAUGGAACUGAUUACGAAAAUGACAUAAUGCUUCUUAAGUUGAGCUCCAAGGCACAUCUCAAAGAACAUGUGAGACCCAUUCCUCUCGCAGCCCAAGACAAUGGCACACUGCCAAAAUCAUGUACAGUCUCCGGCUGGGGAACAAGCGACAGAAACAAACGUAACAUGACUCCUGUGCUCAUGGAAGUCAAUGUAACACUCAUUUUGGGUGAGAAUUGUGACAAGAAAAACUUUUACUGCUCUGAGGGAAAGACUGGACCAGGUCAGGGAGACUCUGGUGGUCCACUGGUCUGCGAAGAUGGAGAGGCGUACGGGGUGGUGUCCACCUCAAACACACCAAACUCAAAUGGGUGGCAAAUGUAUCGUUAUACUAAGAUACCUGAGCACAGAAACUGGAUCAGUUGGAUUAUGGAACACAAUGGAAAGUGCUAACACAUCAAAUCAUAAAAUUUGAAUUUACAUUAGUUCACUUUCUUUGUUAUUUUAGAGCUGAUGAUUGAGGUGAUCAUAUCACACCUGAUUUCACAUCAGAGAGACUGCCAGACCAACAAGUCUGGACUCACUUGCUUUGCUUUGAUCAAAACGUGCUUUAUGCUUGAUGAUAUCAGAUGAUGCAAUUUUUUGCUUGGAAAGUUGAGUCAGAAGACUGAAAAUAGUGUACGCUGCUGAAGUGGGUGCUCUACAUUUUCUGUCAGUUAACUCCAGGUAAUUCAAAGCAAAUUAGAAAUUACUGCUUUGCGAAUCUUCAUUUUGACCAUAUCAAAUGAGAACACAGACUCAUGUAAAUUUGUCUAUCUACUUCUAUAUCUACUGAAACAAUAAACUGUUGCUCUCUUACCA